UCCAUCUCGCCAAACGACGAGCAUGCAUGUCUCAAACCGGUUUCUGAGGAGAUAUCUGUAAAUAUUCACGGUCACCUGCGAGCAGAAAUACAACACUAUGGAGGCCGUCAAAGCCUUUAACAACGAGCUGUACUCAUUGAAUGAGUACAAGCCACCCAUCUCCAAGGCCAAGAUGACCCAGAUCACCAAGUCUGGAAUCAAGGCUAUUAAAUUUUACAAGCAUGUUGUGCAGAGUGUGGAGAAGUUCAUACAAAAGUGCAAACCAGAAUACAAAGUGCCAGGGCUGUAUGUGAUCGAUUCAAUUGUCAGACAGUCGAGACAUCAGUUUGGCACAGAGAAGGAUGUGUUUGCCCCACGUUUCAGCAAGAAUAUCAUUGCAACAUUUCAGCACCUCUAUCGUUGCCCUUCAGAUGACAAGAGCAAGAUAGUGCGAGUCCUCAACCUGUGGCAAAAGAAUGCCGUUUUCAAGAGUGACAUCAUCCAGCCUCUGUUGGACAUGGCAGCAGGGAUCCCUCCUCCCAGCGUCACACCUGUCAUGCCUAGCAAUGCUGCUCCAGUCAACAACACUACACCAGGUACCCCAGCCACUCCAGCCACCCCAGCCAACAUAGUCCAGAGUCUACCUGACUGGGCCUCUCAGAUUACCAACACGGAUACUGUAGCUGCUGUGGCCCAGAUCCUGCAAAGUCCUCAAGGACAACAGCUACAGCAGCUGGUACAGAGUCUGCAGAUGCAGCAGCAGAAGCCCCAGCCUUCUCUGCUGCAGGCCUUGGAUGCCGGCCUAGUAGUGCAGUUGCAAGCUCUAACAGCUCAGCUCACUGCAGCUGCCACCGCCAACAGUCUGAACCCCCUGGAACAGAGGGUCUCCUCUUUCAAUAAGAAACUUUUGGGUCCCUUUGAUUUUGGUAAUGAUUCUGAGCGAGGGGAAGAAUCUAAAAAAGAUACAUCAUCAUCUCAACUCCCGAUGGUGUCUGAGCCCAUCAACAGCUCCCUCUUUCAUCAGUUGGCUGAGCAGCUGCAGCAGCAGAACCUGGAACAGUUUCAAAAGCAGCUUCUGGAGCAUCAGCAGCACCAGCAGAAGGCGAUGGGCAUGGAAGGGCAGGACUCAAUCUUUGGGCAAGAGAACUCAGUUGCAACUGCACAGAGCAGUAACCAGCCUCAGCAUCCUGAGACUGAAAACAAGAUGGACGACUCUAUAGAUAACCAGCAGCAGGACAUGGAUCUUGAUGAGGGCCCAGAUGGUAUGGAGGAGGAGAUCUUUGAGGCAGACGAGAAGAAAAAUGUUAGCACGCGCUCAAGAACAAGGUCUAGGUCACGCUCUAGAUCUCCGAAGAGGAGAAGGUCCAGGUCACGGUCAGGCUCUCGGAAACGUAAACACCGUAAGCGCUCCCGUUCACGUUCACGAGACCGCAAAAGGAAAUCAUCUCGGUCAUAUUCAAGUGAAAGAAGAGCCAGAGAGCGAGAGAAAGAGCGGCAGAAGAAAGGACUGCCUCCCAUACGAUCAAAGACUCUAAGUGUGUGCAGCACAACUCUGUGGGUGGGCCAGGUAGAUAAAAAGGCCACCCAGCAAGACCUCACCAACCUGUUUGAAGAGUUUGGCCAGAUAGAGUCCAUCAAUAUGAUUCCUCCCAGGGGCUGUGCCUAUAUCUGUAUGGUCCACAGACAGGAUGCCUACCGUGCCCGUCAAAAGCUCAGCACCGGUUCCUUUAAGAUCGGCUCCAAGAUCAUCAAGAUUGCUUGGGCCCUGAACAAGGGAGUAAAGCAGGAGUACAAGCAGUUCUGGGAUGUGGACUUGGGUGUCACUUACAUACCCUGGGAGAAGGUGAAGCUGGAUGACCUGGAUGGCUUUGCAGAAGGAGGAAUCAUUGAUCAGGAGACUGUCAACGAUGAGUGGGAGGCCGCCAAGAAUGCAGAAUCAGCCAAGGAAGUUGCAAGCCAGCCAGUUAGCACAGAGACUACAGCAGCAUCCAACACCCAGACUGAGACCUACAGCCAGCAAGUUACAAUGAUGCCUGUACAGCUCCCAGUGGCUCAGGCUGUUCCUGGUGCAGUAGGUUUGGUGCCUCCUACGUUCCCCGUCUCCAUGGGCAUACCCCCACCAGGCUAUGGGCCACCGCCACCCUUCAUUCGAGCUGGCUUUAAUGCGUCACAGCCUCCACCAGGAUUUUUGCAGGCAGCACAGACAGCAGGCAUGGCCACAGGACCGACUUCUCUUGUUCAGCCUUCAGUGGCCUCGGGCCAAGAAGCUGUAAAGGAUUCACCAUUUGGCGCUAUGAUCCCUCCGACCAGCACUAUUCCCGGCAGCUUUAUGCCCUCGGCCAUCCCUGGAGCUGGUGUGUUUAACCCAGUAGGAGUCCAAACUCAGCAAACUGGCAGUGAUAAAACACCACAAUCUGCUGAUGGGAUGGAUGCAGCUGCAGAGCUCACACUACACGGCAUGCAAAAUGCAGUCCGAAGUGGAAUGGGUCUCCUUGGGAUGCACCCGACUGCCUCCCUCACUCACCCUGGUCUGGCGGGGCAGCGGAUGCCUGGCCUGCUGCCUCUGGACGUGCGUCCUAACCUUCUCCAACCCGGAGCUGCUGCCAGAUUUCCACUCCUCAUGCAGCAGGGGCCUGUUCAGCAGGCAGCUGGCCUCCUUGAUGGUUCACUCCAGGCUCAAGCCCGUGCUAGGGCCCCUUUCUCCCAGUUGGACCCUUUUAACAGGCCCAACCUUCCCAAUGAAAAUGUAUCCAAGACAGAAGAUGAGUCUUCCUCAGGAGCUGAUGAGGGGAAAGACCAGGACUACCGCUUUCCUCCAAUGGAAAAGCAGAGCACGGGCUUGUUGAGGACUCCUCCCCCAGAGCACAGGGAGUCCCUCGGAGGUGGUGGAGGCGGCAGGCCUCCCUUGCUUCAGACCCCAGGGACUCAGCCAGCUAGAACCAGCCUAGUGGGGCGUCUGCAGGCUCUUGCAGGCUUCACCCCUGAUAACCGCUGGAGCCAGACCAGAGGGGACUUUGAUGAACGAGAUAGCAUGCGAGGAGGUCCACAGGCUCCUGUGGUUCCUAAAGGCUUCCAGGAUGAGCGCCCUACACCCGGACAGAACUUUCCCAACCGCUUUGAUAAUCGGUCUGGGACAGCAGGAGGAUCAGCAGGGGCUUCUGGUAAUGCUGGAGGCGGACUGCAGACCUGGAACCGAGGUGGUGGUGGUCCCACAGGACCCUUUGACAGUGAACUACAUCAAGACCUUGAUGACCGACGACGCCCAUGGGACCGGCAGCGAGACAGAGAUGAGCGAGACUUUGACUUCAGGAGAGAGAUGAAUGGUAACCGCCACAGCCGUGAAAGGGAGCGUGAGCGGGAGAGAGACCGGGACCGUGGCCGAGAUCGCAACAGGGAGCAAGAACGAGAACGAGAGCGGGAUCGUGAUAAAGAGCGUGACAGGGAGCGUGAGCGUGGGGGCUGGACACCCCUUCUCCCUCUGCCAACGCCACUGCUUCCUACUCCACCCCUUAAUCCGAACCUGACCCUUAACCAAGGCAAAAUGCUUACCCCACUCAAACUGAACCCACAGAUUCAGUCACGAUUCCAGUCCCCAAUCCUGCCUCAAGCUCAAGCUAAACCCUCUAUCUUUGGCCUCCCUCAGUUGCCUCCUCAGGUUCAAAUCAAGUCUCCACCCACGUUACAGAGCCCAGAAGCCACACCUGUGCCCAAGUCAGAAACCCUAGCUCCAUCUGAGACGCCUCAGACACAGUCACCAUCCACAACUCAGUCACCAUCUGAAGACAAGGAUACAAGUCCUCUAAAUGAGGCUCCCACCCACACCCAGUCACCCUUGGAAUCUGAGACCCCUACACAAACUGAAUCACCAUCCCAACCUGCAGCACAGUCUCCCAAAAGUGUUGCUUCUCCAGAACCCGAGACCACAAGUCAAGCCUCUCCACUGGUUACAGCCUCAUCCCAGGACUCACCUGUGGCCUUUGCACCACCUGCCAUUUCCCCUGAAGAGACCAGCAAGUCAAUGGAGGAGCAGCAAGUACCACAGAAGGAUGAUGAGUCAUCACAAGAGAGAGUCUACUCACCUAAACCCCAGUGGGUAAAUGGACCUGGGAUGGACAGUAGCAGUGUGGCUGAACCCACACCCGAGGCAUCUCCUGAGCCCAGUUCAGACCCUUCCUCUGAUUCUGUGCUUCCCGAAAGUGAACCUGAGCAACAGCAGGAGCGGCUUGCCUCUCCUAAGGACGUAAACAGUGCACAGAGUGAGCCCGUGGAGGAAGCUGCGAGUCAGCCAGUGGUAGACACUGUCACAGACACUGAGGGGACAUAAUCAUCACUCAGUAGGUAAAAGAUCAUUUUGUAUAGUUGUUCUCUUCUUCUCUGUACUCAUGUCGGCAAACUACCACCACCUCCACCACACGGGACACGGCAAAUACUGACUCACAUCAGUUGUUGUCUGAUAACCAAUAACAAAUGAUUUUAUCUCACAAAUACCAGUGUACUUAAAUAGAAGGCUCCUUAGCUGAAUUAUUCAUAGAAAAUUUGUUUGUAUUUUAUUUCUUUUUUCCUUUUUUAAGUUGUAAUGCCACCCCAUCCAUUUUAAGUAAUCUAAGCUUGGUGAAUUUUAUUGAAUUGCCUGCCAAAAUGUUUUAAUUGUAUAUGGGGGAAUUAAGCUUUGACCUUCCUAUGGAAGAGAUUAAGAAAUCCUGGCUGUUCAACAAUGGUUUGAAUACAGUUCUACACAGUACUUGAAAACAGCCGUUUUUAGCCCAUUUCUGUCUCUUCUUCUUUUAAAAUGCUGCUGCAAAGUUUUUAAAUGAAUGCGCUUGUGGUGUCCAAUGCUUUCUGUUUUUAAGCAGAAUGAAUAGCCUGCAUACAGUAAGACCAGUACAGCUGCUAUAAUUGGAAAAAAAAUAAAAUGAAAAGUAUAAAAUGUUGUAUCCCCAAAAUAAAUGUCUGUAAUUUGUUUCUAAUUAUACAAUGAAUACAAACAGAAAAUCACAUGCCAGGGGGAAGAAAAAGAAAAUGACCAGUGGGAUGUUUUGGAUGUCGGGUGCAUAUUGUUUUAGUUUGAAAUAAACAUGCUUUGUCUGUGUAAACACAUGCUUUUAGGACUGUUUUCUGACCCAGGACCAGUGGAAACUAAGACUGCUUUACAGACUCGUACACAUUGUGUGCUGUCACUUCAGUCGAUUUGAUGUUCUCGUAACACAAGUUGCUGCUAUAUCAUCCAUCCACAGAGCACUUUGUUGGAUGCAACCGUGGGACUUGUAGUUUUUAGUUUCUGAUGACUUCAGCCUGUAUGAUUCCCUAAGCUUUUGCUGGGUGGCUGUUGAGGAUGGGAUUGUGCCUUUUUUGAAUGGAUUUGACUUUCAUGACGCUACCCAACACUACUGUGUGAUUUACAUCAGACUGUGUGUGCAAUUCAGACAGACGUAAACCGAUCGCUACCUGCACAGAAUUGACUGGCCUACCAUUUGAAUGGUAGCUGGGCAGUUUGUACAGCACUCACCUAGAGGAGAACAAGUCUAUCUAUAUAUACUCCAUCGUUCUGUGCAUGCAGGCCUGUAGCCAUGUUUUAACCUUGUUGUCUCUCUUGUUCAUUUCAUACUUGUAGUGCUUUUUAUGUUGAGACAUAUUAGGAAACCAUAGUCUGCUGUUCUCUCAGACCAAUUGUCUUCUACAGGAGUUGUGAUGUUGAAUAAAAGUUGAAGGUGCAUCAGA